ACAAAAUCAAAGUCACUCGGUGGUCGAUAGCAGUUGAUGACUAAAAUACUACGAUCAUUUUUCAAGCUACCAAUUUCGACAACAACCAUCUCGAGGCUAGAGAAGUCCGACGGAAUAGGAACUUCAGAUGACGACAACAAGGUUUUAAUUGCUGUUAAAGUUCCUCCACCAGAUCUACCCAGACGAUCGGAUAAAUGAUUAUCAUCGCCAUUAUCAUCGUCAUCAUCAUCAUCAUAAUUAUAUUUUAGCCCGGGGGGGGGGGGGGUACUGCCACAUAUGGGCUAUAUGGGUAUGUGCCACUGUGAAGGGUAUGGUUUUCAAGCAGUUUACUCUAGGAUAGGGUAUAUAAAUCAGAGCGUUUGGGUCUAGAAUAGGGUAUCAUUUUUCAGGAAACUGAUCAGUUGGUUGAAGAUUUUUUCUAGACUGGGGAAACAGCUACUCUAGGAUAGGGGGAUUUUGAGAAUUUACUCUAGUAUAGGGUAGCAAAAUUCAGCUGAACUAGCUCUGGUAUAGGUCAAGGGUUCCAGAGUCCCAGCAGCACAUCCCCACCCAGAAAUUCCUAAAGUGCCCCCGGGUAUUUUAGUCAAUAGAGGGCCUAACAGACAGUGUAGGGUUGGCAUGAUGCAGGAUGAAAGAAAAUUUAAAGGGGGGAUGUGGGAUGGUCCGGAGUUAGCAGGAAGCAGGAAGUUCGUUUGCUUGAUUUUAGCAAGGUGGGAACAGCUAAGGUUGUAAAUAUUUGUGUUAGCCUAGGGUUGGAAAGUCUUAUGUAAGGAUAUCUGAAUAAAUCUGGGCAUAGAUACUGAUUCCCAUAAUUGUUUGUGAUUUCUAGUUUGGUGUGACAGAGGGGCUUUGUCAAGGUCCAUGCGCUGUUCCCCGAUAAAGAAAACUUUUGUUUUAUUUGUCAAAACUUACCCAGAAGAGGAAAAAUUAAAUUUCACAAACUAAACUGACUGCCAUUGUUUUUUCGUGAACAUUAAAGACCAAUUUGUAGUGAUAACCCAACCUGAGAAAACCACAUCCAACCGGAAAAAAAUGUGACUGUAGCGGGAUCGGGAUGACACAUCAGAAGCAAGUGGGAUAGCGGGAUAUGAAAGAAAAAACAGUGGCGGGAAGCGGGAUUUGGAAAUCCUAUUUUACGCCAUCUGUACAGUGACACAAUAUGUUGUCUGUUAACGCAGGAAUACAGUUGAACCUAUUAGACGGCCAGUAUUUUAAAGUCCCAAAAUUAUAGAUUGUACAAAGAAUAGGAACUUAAACCUCUAUUUAGUGGCUGCGGCCACCUUUUGUCCAUCCGAAUUAGAGAUCUCCUGUUGUUCUUACCUGUAAGUGGCCAUGAAGUGUUUGAUACAUUUAGUUUGGCUUUAUUUCAAGAAUAUAAUGAAGGAAUUAAAUAUGCUCCGAGAUACAUGUAGAAGGCGAUGACUGAUUGUGGACAAGUAAUGCUGCUUCGAUCCGUGGCAUGUUUGUUUGAAAAUAAAGUGAUACUUUAUGCUAAUUUUUGUUCUUGUCAUGAACAAAUUGAGCUCUCAAAUGGAGCUCCUGUUCUAAACCCAUUUUCUUGGCUAUUUUUGUGUUAUUUGAGAGCCAUUGGGCGGAAACCUUUAACCUGUAUAUGUUGUAACCAUAGCUAGUUUUUUAAAAGUUGUUUUGGUGUAUUUCCCUGCAUCAAGUAUGUUCAUUUCUCCAUAUAGUGUAUCUGGUUAUUUACUUAAUUUGUUUUUUCUUUAUCUUAGCUGUGUCACCAUUGUGUUAAAAAAAUCAUUUUAUAGCUAGGCGCUAGCUCAAAAACAUUAGUAAAUUUAGCUCCACCAACAUCCUUGCUAUCAUAAGUAUCGUUUUAUGUAACAACUUCUUCUUUUCUUCCCAUUAGCCAUCCAAAAAAGUAACAUUCUCUAGUUGGAUGUAAUAAUAAAGGUUGAUGUUUUUGUUUCUGGUGUAAGAUUAUGCUCAUGUUGUGCCAUUUUGUGACAAACCUCCAUUGAUCAGCCAACCUUCAUUAUUAGCGACCACUUGCGCCAGUACUUCAAUGGUGGCUGCUCUAUGGAGGUUCAACUGUAUUGCCAAAAUUAAGGAUACUUGUACAUGCACAUGAUGUGUGUCACACCUGUUUGUAUUUGUUUGAUGUUAAUGGUGAUGGGUAUUCAGGAUGUAGUCCUCUUCAUGUUGCUGCACAGUCAGGAAAAACAGAAUGUGUGAACAGAAUCCUACAACACAAGGUUCAUGUUGGAACACAGGAUGGCAGAAAAAUGACAGCACUUCAUCAUGCAGGUUUGCAUGUGUUAGUUUGUUUGUUUGUUUGUUUUUUCAAAUCAUAAUACAAAUUAUAAUUAUAACAUAGCUAGAAAAUUUGCCUAAUCAAGUUCAAUAGCGUGAGCGUGCUUCAUAUUCCUAUUGAGCACGCUGAUGACAGCAAUACUCGUAAUUCCUCGCGUUGUUAUGAGCUUAGCAAUCCUGAGUCUCUUGAGUGCAUCCAUAACUCAGCAAUAGACAAUGAACCGUUUACCAUGUGUUUUAUAAGGAAAUUUAAGAGGAAACGUUUGAAUUUGUUAACCGAUAGUAAGGAAAAGAGGUGAGUGUUGUUGUUGUUGUUGUCAUCUCGGCGAGCUGUGAGGGCUAUGGCGUGAGAUCAUUCUUUGCAAAGUUGUUUUCUCUCAAUAACAAUUUUUUGUUCCGGCACCUAAAUAUGGAUUUUACAAUCAUUUUAGAGUACACUUUCUCUCAGUUUCAGGAUAAAAACAUAAGAUUAACUGUGAGGAAAAAAAAUAUAGUCACGUAAACAUUGAUGCGUACUGCUUUGAGCGUGCCCUACAAUAAUAAAAUUUUAAGUUAACCGCUGCAUUGAUCGCUUUGAUAAUGUUAUAAAACAAUUAGUUCAUGCUGCAGCUGUGCGUAUGUCGAGAUAUUGAGCACUUGGGAAGUUUGGAGAGCACUCAAGAGGCUAGAGUUGCACUGGGCUGUGCCUCGUGCAACUCUUACGCCUCCUUUGUGCUCUCCAAACUUCCCGCGUGCUCAAUAUCUCGACAUACGCACGCUGACGCAUGAACUAAUUGUUAAUUAUACCAUGUAAUUAAGUUUAAAUAUUCUUCAUGAAUCAUGUUUCAGCACUUUAUUAUGCUUCAUGUGGGUAAAAUACAUAUACUUUACAUGUUCUUUAUGUUUUGCUUUAGCUGCUAAAGGUCAUAAGGACUGUGUUGAACUUCUUGUUAGCAGCAAUGCACCUUUAAAUGGAAAAGAUAAGGUAAAUGUUUUGUGAAUAUUUUUACUUUGUGGGUAUUAACAACAAAAAGAUAUUGUAGUAUGAUUGUUCUGAUUUUUAAAAUGCCAGGAAUGUGGAAAAAAUCAAAUUACAACAGAUUAAUUUAAUUAUUUUAUUAUUAAUGAAUACUUUGAAUGCUGGUUAGUAGUUACAAAGUUAUGAGACAUCAUAAUGUGUUGACUGAGUUCUACUCUCCACUGAUACCUCCAUUACCAAUCGAGAGCUCCCUCAUUGCACAACAGACUGCAUGUUCCACUUAGAAGCCAGAUUUAAAAAGUCAGUAAUAUAUGCAUUUUGUUGAUACUUCGACCUAGGCACACAAACUUCUCCACCACAUUUAGGUGCAACACUAGGGAGGCAUUGACCUAGCUAGUUUUACAUGACUUGCUUAAUGUAUACAUGUUAAACAAAUUGUUUUGUUUGAAAUAGUUGUUGUUAUCGUCUGCCCAAUCUCACAGUUUAAAUAUUUAUGAAUACAUGUACAGGCUGUAUGGAGUAAACCUGUAUGGUAGUUUGUUUAAAACCUGUUUAACUAAAAUAGCACGACUUGAGAAAAUAUAAAAGGCAGUUGCAUACAUUUACAGUUGGUCUUGUUUUUUGUAUUUUUUUUUUGUUGAAAGGAUGGGAGAACACCACUGUUGAUGGCCAUACAGGGUGCACAUGAAGAUGCUGUAAAGCUACUGCUGGACAGGGGGGCUAAGGUCAACAUUGCUGAUAAUUCCAAAAAGUAAGGAUACAACCAUCAAUGUUUUUCUACAAUUUAUAGUUCAUUCAUGAACAUGCAAGAGUGAGCCUAAAGGGGUACAUUUGCUAACAGUGAAAAAGUUUGCUUGAGAGACCAUAUUGGUCUCACAUAAAAAUGUUGUACAUGAACUAAAGUAAUACAUUUUAUAAAAAUUACUUUUGGAGAUUCAGCUGCCAUGUAGUGUACAGUGUAUGAUGAACCUGAUGACACUGGAUUGUGAUUUUUACAGUUACAAUUUGGUACUAAUACACUGUACUACUUUGUACAUUUUUGUAAUUUUGAUAUACCAUGUUUGUAAAGGACGGCACUGAUGUACGCAUCAUUACUGGGACUUAGCAAGACGGUAGACAUGCUGCUUAAAAGAGGUGCUAAUCCACAGCUUACAGAUAGCAAUGAUCAUACAGGUUUGCAAAUACUAUACUCCUGUUUAUGUAUUGUAAGCACAGAAAUUACGAAUUCACAUACAAAUCAUGUCAGUGUAUAUAGUGGCCCAUCAAAGUCAUAAUCUGUACAAUUAUUGACAUUAUCCUGAAUUGGAUAUAAAGGAAGGGAGGAAGAGUCCUUAGCACACUUUACAUGAAUGUACAUUAUUUAUGUACAUAUAAGAUUUUAACCACCUCAUAACUUAUGUGAUGUGACUUUUUCAUAAUUUUUUCAUAUAAUAUAAUUAUCAAGCAUGAGACGCAGCGUUUCGUCACCAGAUGAAACACUGAGAAGAGAGCUGAAAACACAAGGUGCAGUGGAGUAUUUUUGACAAACUUCGAGGUUUUCCAUCUGGUGAUGAAACACUGUUUCGAAUGCUUGAUAUUACUUCUCAAACAAAAUGAUUUUAGAUGGAGAAAUUAAGGAUGCAAAAGUGAGCAGUUUUUCAUCUGAUUUCCAAACACUUAUUAAACUUUAAUUUCCUGUGUAUUUUCUUUAUAAAGUAUUAACGAGUUUGAGAAACAACUUUAUUGAUCUCUGUAGAUCUCAGAUAUCAUAAUCUUUAUUGUAAACACAGAAAGAUUUUUUGGUAAAAUUAACAAAUAAAUUAAUGACAAUUGUCAACAUUGAUAAGGCAAAAAUUGCUGUGACAUUGACAGGCUGUAGUACAUGUGUGUAAAGACAUACCUGCAAUGGUGUGAUGAACAGACUAUAAACAAGACAAGGAUUUAAGUGUAAAGGCAAAGUCAAACUUUUCUUUGUAGGAAAGUUUCCUUUUUUGCAAACGGGUUGAGAAAAUGAAUUCAAAAAUUUUUGUUGGUAUUUAUGGUACUAUAGCUUAAUUAGUAAACCUUGAAAUAUUAAUUUGUAAUGACUAAUUUGUAAUUGACAGCUGAAGACUAUGCUCGUUUGUGUCAUUACAAAGACAUCAUUAAUCUCAUACACAGUGCUCCUUCUAUAGCUAAUUGGGAUGCAGGUAAGGUAUUUCUCCUUGCAUGUAUGUUACAGUCAUACAUUUUAUUUCUAGUUUUGUAAAACAGUUGAUCUUGCAAGCAGAUAAUCAUCAUAAGGCUUGGCAAAACAUGGUCCAUUGUUGUUAAUAACCUGACUUCCUACAGUAUACAUGUAAUAAAAAAGAGAAAAAAAUUAAUGGAUAGUUUUUUCCCUUUUUUCACCAAAACUGAAGAAAAACGACGAGAGUAUUGAAGAAAAAGUACUGCCAAAAAGGUUAUGUUUGAAUGGUCAAACCUCAGGAUUUUGUCCACAGACUGAAGUAUUAGAAUCAUCUUACAAGACCCCAUGCUUCACUCUGAGAGUGAAGGGGUAAAAUAUUAUGUAUUUUGAGGAGGUAACAUGGCCCUGCAGAGAUAUGAAAUUUCUCUUCAAAUUUAUGUUGAAAAAUAUUUUGUGAGUGAGCGCAGGGAAUAAGUGAAAUAUUUUUCAACUUGAGAAAAGAAAUUCGUAUCUCCAAGUAGUCAUGUAAUGUUCUAUUUAUUAUACAGUCGACUCUCUCUUAACAGACACCUCUAUAAGACGGACACUUAGAGUUGGUCCCUGCCUCUCUUUACUCCCUUUAGUUGACUCUCUAUAAGACGGACACUUAGUGCCGGUCCCAAAGGUGUCCGUCUUAGAGAGAGUUGACUGUAUAAACACCAAUUAAAUACGAAACCAUCUCACUUUAAAUUGUUUUUGCUGUGAAAUUUAUGUAGCCAUAGCAAUGGUGAUUUUUCACAUGUAAAGAUGACGUGCUAUUUUCAUAAGAGAAAAUAUCAUGUUUUUGCGCAAAAGCUCAUCUGUAUUUCAUUGCUGUUUACGGUCAACUCUCUGUAAGAUGGACACCUUUGGGACUGGCACUAAGUGUCCAUCUUAGAGAAAUGUCCGUCUUAUAGAGAGUCAACUAAAGGGAUUAAAGAGAGGCAGGGACCAACUCCAAGUGUCUCUCUUAGAGAGGUGUCCGUCUUAUAGAGGUGUCCGUUAAGAGAGAGUCGACUGUAUAUAAUAAAACAAAAUAAUAAUUAAGCAAAAUCGCUUUAGUGUCAUUAGACAAAGGUCUUUGUUGAUCUAGGUUGUAUAAUUACUAGGUUAUGUUGAUCCAAAAAAGACGAUAAUCUGUUGAUAAUGGAAUUUUUUUUGUUAGGUGAAACCUCAGAGGAUACAGAGCAAGAAGAGAAUAGCAGUACACAAAAUGUAAAACUAUCAUAAUUAUAACAGAGUUGCAGUCUGUGUAAUAUUCAUUAGCAUAUCUUUGUUCCAGUAGCAUUAGCUUGCUUGUAAGCACACACAUUUCCAUUGUUUGCAAGCUUUGCAAUCAUGCCAUUUCAGUUUUAUGAACAUUACUGGUUUGUUCAGUCAAACAUCUAUUAAGUGGUCACCCUCUAGUUAGAUUCUGGUUCCCAGAGUGUGGGCCAACAAAACUGUCAGUAAAUCAAUGCAAACAGAACCUCAAUGGAUUUUGACUUCAUUUGUAUUCCAUCCCUGUUGGCAGGUCAUUUGAAUUUUAAAGGAGUGACUGCAGUUAAAAUCAAAUGGGGCCUAUGGCUAACUUGAUAUUAUUUUAGAAAUGAAAGCUGAUAAUGAACUUGCAAUUAGCCUACCGGUAUAUUUUAAGUCUGUCAAAUAAUGAAAGUAAUGUUAAACAAAACAAAACAACACGACCAAGAAAAAAAAACAUUCCAGAGGCGGAAGUCGAACCCCAGACCUUCAACGUGUAAGGGCAACGCGAUGUCUAUUGAGCCACGACAAGUAGUGUUAAUUAUAAUUGUCAAAUUAAUAAUAGUUCAGAGUUUUUGCCCUUGAAAUUGUGCCGGUUGACGCGAUUUAAAGCUGGUAGAGCUUUAUUUUUGAAGAACUGAAAGAUAUAUUCGAGGAAAACAAGCAGGGCUUUGACGGUAAAGGCCGUCUUUUAACUAAUUUCGUCGCAUUUGAAGAACAGGGCGACAAGUGUCUCGCAAAACCGUCGCGAAGUCUCUUGCUGAGGUCGUUGUACCGUGCAAUUCUCAGCUUCAGGGGCACCUAACGAGAAUAUAGUUCAAUUAACAAUUAAUAAAUGAGGCUGAGUAUCUUAUGAAGAAUUAUGGAGAUCGAGGAGGGUGUAUAACACCCUCCGAGAUCUCUAUAAUUCUUCAUAUGAUACGAAAGCCGAAUUCAGUAAUUGUUUUAUUAUUCAUUCAAAAUAAUUCCUAGUUUAAAAACAAAGCUAAAACGUGCUUACCUCCAUUGAUGUUAAGUUCACCUUCGAUAGUGCACGUUUCGGGGUUGUUCAGCUCCCGCAAAUAUUCUCCAAAUAGCAGAUGUCGCCUUUCGAGGGUUUGUGUUCUUGCUGUUCUUGCUAUGUUUUAAGCUAUAAUUUCGCCUAGUUCUUACUCUUGAAACGAGUAAAAUGUCCGCCAUUUUUUGUUUUCACAACCAAAACAACUCAACCUCGUCCCCAGGUCUGUUAACGGUGCAUUAACCUGCAAGAACGCUGCAUUUUUGACGUCAUUUCCUCGUUAAACACAGAAUUCUUCCAAAACUGGUUAUGGUGAAUUAUGCUUGUACUUUUAGCCAAUCAGAAUCGGGGAAAUAUUUUGAAUGAACAAUAAAACCACUUAAACAUAGCAUUGUUAAACGUGUUUUAGUAUAAAAACAGUAGAUAUAUGUAUAAUUUUUCAUCUGUUCGGAUUUCCUAGCUGAAAGUCUAGUGAUCCGAAAAUUAUAUGGAUGUAAACUUACCUUUUCGAAAAUUUCAGCCAGAAAAAAGGCUCCCGAAAAUUCUAGGUAACCUUUUUAGGGUAAAAAUCCGUUAAAAAUGGACAAUUAUACCAUUAUUUAGAUGUUCGAAAAUCCUAGGAGAGGCAGGCAAGCAAGAAAUUUUACAACAAAUGUUCUGAAAAUUCUCAGAGAUUUCAAAUCGUCUUCCGAACAGAUAUUUUCCGAAAAUUGACGUUGGGUGUCUCUGCAGCGUUUACAUAUGAGGAGAAUGAAUUACGAUUCAGGAACAGUAAGCAAUUCCGUUUUUUGAACAAAGAAGCAUUUCAUUUCAGAAUAAUAUUUCCCAACAAACCAUGAGAUUGGGAGUCUUGUCGUGAGAACAGGAAAAAAAAAUCACGAGUCUCACGGCAGAAUCGUGAGCUUAGACCACCGUGGGAGUAGACGAGCAAGUGCUGAUAGGAAGCUUCAAACGUUCAUAAACUUCUGUAAUUUAACACGUUUAAAGUCCACGUGAAGACAACUUAUCCUCCCGUGAAAGGUUCAAGUGAAAAUGAUAACAAGCUUGCGAAGUCGUGCUGAGCCGACUAAUUACGAAAACGUCCACACCUGAGUGAUACAUUUGCAUAUCGCUGUGCCCACAGUAACUUGCUCCUUACGCGACGCGUAUAAUCCAUAAGUUAAAAACUGUCUUUGGUGUUUGUUUCAGCCUUCGUCCUAUAGAGGGGAUUUAGUCACUCACCAUUCAAAGAUAAUUUACCUAACUCAUAUAAAACCUGUUGAACAGAUUUAAGAUAAAGAAUGUUACAAACGCCAGCGAAGCGUUACAUGAGAGGUGUCCUUUGGGUAUUAAUCUAAAUUUGGAGUAUCUUUUCACAAUGGUUUGUAUUGCCUGCGUGCAGACGUCUCCUAUUUCCUUUGUUGCACGCGUUCAACAAAGGAAAUAGGAGACGUCUGCACGCAGGCAAUGGUUUGUAAUGCUUUGUUGUUGUUGUUGUUGUUAGGAAGAACUUAUAUCAGAGUUUAACAGCAGUCUUGAAGAGUCAGAAGCUGACACUUCUAAUUUAGUACAAGAUAAAGCCAUGUCAAACAAGAGUACUGGGGUAAGAUUACUUAACUACAAACUUUUAGACCAGAAACUGCAGAAGGUCAAGAGUACCAGAGUAAAUGGGAAAUUACAGCACAUUAAAUGCGUCUAAUUAAACUCUGAGUGUGAGAUAAAGUUCUUUCAUUGUAAUACACCCAACGUAGCUAUAAAAGUAAGACCCCAUCCACACGAAGACGAUUGUAAACGCAAACGCUAGUAAACGCAUAUUUUUAUCUCCGUCCACACGAAAACGAUCAUCGUGUACGUAGCGUUUUAACCCAUCCACACGAAAACGCUCGUACACGCAUAAAACGAUGUCAUAGUCUCAGUUCUUCAGCUAGAUUAUAUAGCGAAUCUCUGCUCAUUCGAAAGUUCUCUUUCCACUCUUCUGGUAUCUCCAUUUGAUCGGCAAAGUUGUUCCACCAGGCGCUUGUACGACCUGGUCUGGUCCAGAAUCUUCUCUCUUUUCUCUCACGUCUGCAUCUAAGUCGUUUACUCGAGUAAAAGUGCUUGUAGUUGUGGAUAACAAUCUUGAGAGGUUUAGUCUUCUUCUUUUGCAGUUUUCCUGUAUAUCGAUUAUUGCAUGAUUCAAUUGAAAGCUCGCAAUUAUGCUUGAAAUAAGCGCAAGCAUGACACAGCUCAACACUCGUGUGUACGCCAUCUUGGAAAGGCACUCGAUGAAAGAGACUGGCGCUGACAUCUGACGUCAGCAUUUUCACAGCGUUUACGAAAAUAUACGUUUACGGCCGUCCACACGAAGACGCAUAAAUGGCGUUAUCAAAUUUAUCCACUUUGGAGAGCGUUUUCGAAUUUAUGCGUUUACGGUGAGCGUUUUCAUCGUCUUCGUGUGGACGGAAGGCCUAAACGCAUAAAAAAGUUUGCGUUUACUAGCAUUUGCGUUUACAAUCGUCUUCGUGUGGACGGGGCCUAAGUUCAUAAUACUUCCGUAACAAGUGAAACAUAUAUCUGGAGUAUCCAAUUGUAUCAUUUAGUUUAUUAUAUCGCUGUCUGUUUUCGCUUACUGAUUGGUCAAUUUGCGGUCCGUAACUUGCUUUUAUACGGACCAAAAUUUCAAAUCAAGGGCUCAUUUUGCAGUUUUAAAUCUCUCGUCCUUCAACAUUUUAACCUUGUGAACGGAGCCGAUGAAGAAACUCAGUGAAUCGUUAUCUUAUUGAAGAAGUGGAUUUCAGUGAGUUACUUGAAAAUGUUAUUGCAAUACUUAUAUGCGAAAAUAAACAUCGACUGGCAGAGAUUCGAGACGUUUUAAUAUGAAAAAGCGAGCGAUUCCUUCCACAAAAAUGAUAACAAACAUAAGCUUAAUUUCAGUGUUGCAAGUUGCGGCAAUAUGUUUCGCAAGGUAGAUCCGAGUUCCACUUUGUGCAAAAACUUGCUAUGCUUCACAACGCUUGUGAUUGGUCGAUUUUCCCGAACGAAAAGCGCGGAAAAGAUGGUGAUUAAGUGCGCGCGUGACCUCGGGCAAAUUUGGCCCGGAAGUAAACAUGGCCGAGCUGGUUGUAGACGUUGAACAUGUUGAAAACCCAAGAUUUUGGCUGGUCUCCUAGACGAUUGUUAAAAUCGAUUAGCCCGAAAUGCGGAAAGAGUACUCCAGGGAGUCAAAGGUUUCACUGGUGGUCAGAUACCGUAAAGUUACGGCUAGGUGUUCGUCUGGCUUUAUGGUACUGACACAAAACACACCUUUGACCAAUCACAACACAGGAUUUUCUGAAUGAGCCGCAAAUUGCAACAUUGAAAUUUGGUGCGUGCCAAAAUAGGAGCGAAGGUGGUAAUACGGGCUACAACGCUUUUCAACUUGCAAUGCAACAAUGUCACGCGACAGUUUGGGUGAAAAUGUUGCCUGUAUCACUUGACCGUCAAGCUUACCUGCACCUGAUCAGCUGGAUAAGCUUCUUUGCCAUUGACAGUGUUUUUCUCAAAGUCCAACAAAAGAACGAUGGAAGCGACUUCGAGCCAGACACAAUCUGCAGUUUUCAAAAGACUCCAUCUUCACACUUAGGAAUGAAUAUUUACCGUGCUCUUAGUUUUGACCGAAUAAACUUUUUCAACAUGGCGCAUUUGCAUUUUGAUUUUACUUUCAAUACAGAGCUUUCAAUAGAAAGCAUUCGUAACGUGUGCUCUUGUUUCCGUGAGCCAAUUAAAACGUCCAUUUUCUGAUGCCUGUCAAAUCGUUUGUUUUGUACUUGUUUCCGGUCCCCAAAAUAAGAAGCCAUAUAAUGAACAUCUUAUAUAUAGCCUCGUUUUUUCGGUCCGUAUUGUAAAUUAGGGAUCCUCGCUUGGACCAUAAAUCGGUGGAAAAAUCUCGGUCCGUAAUUUACAGUACAGACCGACGAAUAAUUUGAGACAAUUUUGAAAUGUCGCGAGUGGCAUUUAUGCCAAAACUCAGGUACAAAUCAUGCUAUUAUUUGUUUAUACUACUACCCGCAAAAGGUUUUGUAAUUUUCACAUGCAGGUAUUUCAAAUUAAGCUGAAAUACCACUGCCCUAAGCGAAUCAAAUUGUAGAAAUUUCUCAUGUAGUAGUAUAAAGUAUUUUAUUUGUGUUUGUGUGUAGGUUUCAAGUUCAUUUAAUAGUGGCAGUUUAUCAGCACAGGUGAGGAACAGGUUUUUUUCAGUUCCCGUCAUGGUUUUGUUGUUUAUUUGUUCAUUUUUGUUGUGGUUAUUAUAGGCAUGUACUGUAGUUGUUCCAAGCAAUAGAUUACGUGUACAUUGAAAUUAUUUCUCCGUGUCCAUCUUCUACUAUUUCUUCCUCCGAAGCUCUCUGCCCCGGAGGGAGGGGGUACUCCCAUACAUUACCUAUACGGGUAUGUGCCGCCCAACGGGGUUGUGAUUUUGAAGCUCCUGAUUUAGAACGGGGUAUCCAUUUCAUAGGCGUUUUCUUGAACGGGGUAUAAAAAAUUGUGGAUCACGGCUUUAUCUUCUGCUUAAAAUUGUUUCUGAUUAUGAAGAAGCAUUUAUUUGAUGGAUAAGUCGACCAAAUAAAGAAAUAUCCUUUUAAAAAAACAGGGCUAUUUCAAUUUACAAACUUUCUAGAACGGAGUAUAAACAAUUGGCCCAUUUCUAGAACGGGGUAUCAGUUUUAGGGCGAAUUCUAGAACGGGGUGUAAAAAAAUGGCCCAUUUCUAGAACGGGGUAUCAAUUUUAGGGAAAUUUUUUUUAGAACGGGGUGCCAAUUUGGAGUCCCGGGCGGCACAUACCCACCCAAAAAAUACCCAAGUGCCCCCCCCCCGGCUCUCUGCUCUCUGAGGCAGUUUGUGUUUAUAUUUAUCUCAUUUAUCUUAUGGUUGCUUAAACUCCCCAUCUAGCUGCUUCCACUACACAAGCGAACGCACUAACAAUUCAUAGAGCGAAACAUAAGAAUUUACAAGUUAUACGCAAAAAACAAUUUUUCACCAAGUUCUUCGCCAAGACAUGCAAAUAUUGCCCGAAAUACAAAUACACCUUGUUUACGCAACCCCCCCCCACAAAAACAAAUUGUAUAAGCAAUGUUUUCAUAUUCUUUUGGGACAACUGUAAAUACUCUGGAAAUAUUGGAAACGUUUCGAGGAUAAACAAGGUGUGUUAUGAGCAAUGUGAAAAUCAUGAAUUGGGAGAUAAUAGGCUUCUUGCAAUGUCGCCGUCAUGGAAGAGAAGAUAAGCAUUAUACAACGGUAUACUGAAAAUACAAGUUGUCACCCAGCAGGAGACUUGAAAUCGCACAGAUAAAGCUUAAAUAUGGCGAAUGGCUUCAAUCACUGAAUUAUCCCUUUCUCAAACUCAUAAAUCAUGGGCUUUCCGCAGCACCCCAACCUCGCACCCAACCCUCUGUUCCCUGCCAAGAAAAUUCAGUUCAUGUUAAUGGAGCUGUUAUGACUUUUGCCCUAAAAUCCUGCUUUAACUAGUAGCUGAUAGCCUGCGUGCAGACGUCUCCUCUUUCCUUUGUUGCUUUAGAAGCGAGCUCAUAUCUUAGCACACUAGACUACGAGUAGUCCCCCAUUUUCCCUCAGGGAUAGUAGAGCGAGCAAAACGCGAGCGCGCGUGAAAAUCAACCCACGCGAGAAAAGGCGACACGCGGUGGGGAGAGAGAAAAAUGAGGGACUACAGACAAAGCCCAAGCUUUUGAACUAAUGCGUUGCUCUCACAACGCAAAACUCUGAUUGGCUCUUCCAUGGAACUCUGUCAACAUCUGUCAAAAACGCGCCAGCCGCUAUCAACACUCGACAUAAUCUCAAUUUACAGAACAAAUAACUAGAGCAGAAAUAAUAACAGCAAAGAACAAAUAACUAGUCAGAGUUGCUGUUGUAGAAGCAACUAAAAAGAAAGCCAACCCAGCAACUGAUGAGGUUCGCGUGGAGAACCGAAACCAUGGUCUUGUCUGAUCACUAAGUGGGAAUUGAAUAACGGAACAGUCGCUUAUUCAAAAGUUAUCACCAAGGGAGGAACUACGCACUCCAGUCCAAAUACUCACAUUAUCUCCAGAAAAACAAGCGGCAGUUAAAAUUCAUGAGCAGUCAUGACUGAGUCACAUCGCAGUUCUCCAUAGUUGAUGUAGUUUUAGUUUAAGCUGCAAUCCAUUCUGCAAGAUUUGGAUAUCGCUAUCCGUCCUGCUAAAAACGCUAACGAGCUGGGCCCAGCGUGACAAAACAUUGCAGGAAACCGACACAUUCACGGCCAAAAAGAUAAUCGCUUAAAAUCAUUCAGAUCCAGGAGGCAAUCGCCGGAAAAAUUAAACAACCCUAGACCCUUAUUAAGCCGCAUUGAAGAGCUUUACUUUUCAAAAGAAGUGAAAUAAAAUGCUCUUGCAUUAGUGGGCAAAUCAUGCCGACCAUAGACAAUAACCGCAGAAAAUUAAUAUACGUGUCACGACCUCUCAUUAUGAAAUAAGCGGCAAAAAUCAAAUUUGCUCAGUCAAAACGUUUUCCUCCAGAGCAUAAACUAUCCGUCAGAAAAAAAAAUUCAUUGGAACAAGCAGCAUUUUGGCAUGAGUAAAAAGUCGUGUGUUGCCUACACUAUCAAGUUCUUCACGCGAAACAACUGUCAAGAAAAUUAGUAUCUGGGUUUUCUUUUGCUUGCAAUAAGUAUCCCUCGCAGUUUACCGAUGACAAGAGCAAUGACAGCUCAAUGAGGGAAGGAAGCCGAUUGGAUGCGCUUAAUUGAUUUGGAAGGGGAUACGAACUUCACACUCCGAAAUCAGUCGGCCGUGAAGGGGCAAAAGCUUGGGCUUUGUCUGUAGUCCCUCAUUUUUCUCUCUCCCCGCCGCGUGUCGCCUUUUCUCGCGUGGGGUGAUUUUUACGCGCGCUCGCUUUUCGCUCGCUCUACUAUCCCUGAGGAAAAAUGGGGGACUACUCGUAGUCUAUUAGCACACUAAUAAAGUGAAACCUGUAUUAAGCGUUAAGCGGACAAUAGCCGAAGUCUCGAAAUUGAUUUCCCUUGUUGUCUUUAAAUGAAACCUUUAUUAAGCGGACAGCUCUAUUAAGAGGACGCGGACACCUAAAAAGUGCCUGAAAUAGUCAUUUCUAUUGUUACCAACCUGUAUUUACCCUGCGAACAGAGUCUCCUUCGAUCUUCCCAGGAAAGAUCGAAGCGACUCUGCUAGCAGGGUAACCUGUAUUAAACGGACACUUGUAAUGAAAUUCCACCACCCAACAUGCCAGUACGGUGGCCCAGAAGGGUCACACAUGCAAAUUAAAAAUGUUGCUGCAAAUUAAAAAUAGUACAUGCAAAUUAAAAACUGUACAUGCAAACUAAAAAUAUUACCUGCAAAUUGAAUAUAGUACAUGCAAAUUGAAAAUAGAAAACAUAUCGAUGCAAAUUAAAAUUGAAAAGUCCUGCGCGCGCAGUAUGAGUGAUGAGGACCUGGUCCGAGCCGUGCGACCUGGCCUUACAGCCGUCGGCCCAUUCAUGUUUCAUUUUUGUAAUAUUUUUAGUUUGCAUGUACAAUUUUUCAUUUGCAUGUCCUAUUUUUAAUUUUCAGCAACAUUUUUAAUUUGCAGGUAAAAUUUUUAGUUUGCAGCAACAUUUUUAAUUUGCACGUGUAACCCUUCUGGGCCACCGUAUGCCAGACACCGGAAAUGCGAAAGAUUACCUCGAACUGCCACCCACAAGUUUUUCGAUUUUUGCAUUAAAAAACGUGACUUGACGAACUUACUUGAUUAGUUUCACAGUUCAGUAUUGUUUUCUAUUUCGUUUUGUUUGUAUAGAGCUUGCUUCACUCAUCUGAUUUCUUCAAAUUUGAGUUUCAAUCUUUGUUUAUGGUACUAUGAUCAAUUGGUCCACUUUGAUAAAGAAAUUAAUGCAAACGUUUAUCGUCAAAGUCUCUGGGAGUAUUCUUAACAUUUCCACUGUUCAUUUGAAUGGCAUUCAUAGGCGUACGGGCCGGGGGGGCGAGGGGGGGCUGCAGCCCCCCCAAAUUUUGGGCAACUCAGAUUUUUUGGGCAGCAAGAGAAAAUUUGGGCAAAGCUAUUUUUUAAAGACUUUUCCGUGUUUUUUUAUUAGUUUAAAGAGACAAAUAUUUUCUAUUUUAAUCUGAAAAAAAGAUCCUGAAGUCAGCGUAAUAAUCCAGUUAUAUUACAUUCUCUCGAGACACUCACAGUGGUUGCUGAGCACGUGAUGAGUUUCUGGGUAUAGCGAAGGGUAUCAUUUGUUGAUUUACAAAAUUUAAAGUUUUUUAUCGUUGAGCACUGUCCUGCACUGCACUGACUGGAAUGGGCUCUUUCCAGUCGUGAAUUGAUUAGAAUAAGCUUCCGCAUAUCUUUCUAGAAUCAUCUCCGCCCGUAGAACAGUGUAUGGCAGAGAGCAUCAGCAACAGUGGGUGUGAAAAUGAAGAAGUGGCUGACGAGUAUUCGGCUCGAAUUACGAGAAGAAUAUUUUUUUGUUUAAUAAUCUAUCAAGCAAUAAUUUAUUAAAGUAAACCGAAAUGUUUACAAAACCGCUAACAAGAGCGCCUCGAUACAUACUGAUGAAAUGGAAUCCUUCUCUCUAGCGAUCGGCCGGAGCUAUCUCCAUGAUAUUUUACACACGUUUUUAAAACGAUUGAAGCUACUAUGAGGUGAAAUUACAUGUCAAAAGAGAUUCGUUUUCUGCAGAUAACGGCCAAACAUCAAGAUUUUUUUUAGCAUAUUUCUAAAACUUCAUCCCAAAAUAUCCCGAUAACUCUUUUAUAGAUUCCGUUUUAACUUCACGAACAUCGAGGCGACUAUUGGAGAAAAAAGUUGCGGUGAAGAUUUUGUAGGAACAGUUCCCAGUGCCAAGAAAUAUUGCUGCAAGUAAAAUAGACAAUGGCAUCAUUUCGUUGCUAUGACAACUCCGAUGUCAUUAAAACCCUAUGAUAAAUUUUCAUCUAUAUCUAAUAAAACUAUGGUAGCAAUUUUUCCAAAUGUUUGUCUAUGGCGACGUAGUUAUGCUCAAAAUUGGGAGGUAUUGACCCUGAAAAACUGUUACAGUAUCGAGCCACCUUCAUAUGCCAGUACGGCCUACGUUGUUGCAUCGUAUGGCCCUCGUUUCCUUUCUACUGUUUCGUAAAAAUUUGGGCAACUUGCGAGAAUUUUUUGGGCAAAUAGUUUACCGCCCCCCCUGGCCAAAAAUUGCCCGUACGCCUAUGAUGGCAUUUGACAUCUCAUGUGAUGUUAUCUAUCGAAACCUGUAUUAGGUGGACACCCUGUAUUAAGCGGACACUACAGCAUUCCCCGAGGGUGUCCGCUUAAUACAGGUUUCACUGUAAAAUAAUAUCAAAAUAAAGGGACUCUUAAGAGUUGUUAUGUGAAUAUUGUAAUACUUAUUUGUAGUGCAGUUUCUUGCUCAAGCUCCUAGCUGUAGGAUGAUAAUUAUUAAGUAUAUUAACAAAAAAACGGACUUUCUUGGUCGUAUAGGAAUCUUUCUCAUCAAAGGCUUCGACAACUCUGUCGUCAUCUAGGGGAGCUCAACAAGAUUUGUCAGAGGAUAUAAAGGUAGUUCAGCUACAGUACUGUAAAGAAUAUCAUUGUUUUUCUUUCUUACAUUAGUUAAUCAGCUUCGGUUUGAUCAACUUGUGUCUAAUUUUUCACCGUAAAAGGAUGUAAAAAUACAGCCCUAAUGUAUUUCACAUGGGUAACAUUACCUUUUGGAAUUUUUCCCGAAAGAAAAGAUUAAUAUUGUGUGAUAAUAAUAAUAGUAAUCAUCGUCAUCAUCAUGAUAAUAACAAUAAUCAUAAUAAUAAGUAAUAAUUAGUUGAUUAAACUAUCUGGCUCUUGGCUAUGACGUUGAAUUUAUAAAAAAAUGAUGUGUUUCAUUUUACCUCUAGGAACUGGAGGAGGAAAAUGAAAUGCUUAACCAAGAAUUAAACAAGCUUAGAGUACAACAUCAGAAAACACUAGAAAGGGUAAGGUGUUGGAAAGGUGUGAGAUUUGAUAUUAGCUUGAGAUCUGUCUCUAAGUUCGCAGCAAACGAGGAACACAAUCCGUUGACUACAUCUAACGUAUUGUUUCUAACCAAUUGCUGUUAUCUUUUGUUGGUACUUUGUACUUGCGUUUUUUAAACCGUCUGUUUCGUAGUUACGUAUACAUGUUCAUGUACCACUAACCUGAGAUCAGGCCCAAUUUUAGCGGUUCUCAUACAUUCUCUCUAACGGCUGUUUCGUUUCGCCUUGCUCGCCGGAAUGUUCUUACAAAGCGAAACGAAAAUUGAGCCUGAUCUCAGGUUAAUGUACCACAUGUUUAACUUGGAGUAUAAACUUUGUUAAGUGACCGCAUCACUUGUAUGGUUUCUCUGGUUUGUUCUGUUUCAGUAUAGUCCAGAUCAUUCUUAAAGGCUUUUUUUUCUGAUUUAGAGGAAAAAAGGUUUCCCUGGGAAAGUUGGUCACCUGCGCUACAAAAUUUUCGUGUUGUCCUUCCAACAAAAAUGUCUCCUUUGUUUUUUUUUUCUCGUUGAGCUUCGCUGGCCUGCCGCCUACUUUCUCUUUGUCUCGGUCUUUGUCUUGCUCUAUAUUCCAAAUAUGUGGACAUGACAAUUAAUCUAAGCUUAAUACUUUGGACACCACGGAUACAGAAACAAUUUCCGCUUUCCGUUUUCGUCUUUAUUGAUUCUUUAGUUGUCUCUCCUUUACAAGACGCCGGUGGCUAUGUGAUUUCCCGCCAAAAUAACCUCGAGUUGCGUUUGGGUUGCCAUACCUGUUGAUUGAGUUAUUUUACAUUGGUAUGCUUGUGGUGCGGACGGACGGUCGCUCGGUCGGUGUACAGUCACGUGAUUACCAAAUUUUCUAUACGAGGGGGAGAUUUACUUAGCUAUGGGGCGCGUGGAGCUCCUGCUCAAUGGAGCCACUUAAUAAUUUAGCGAUAUUUAUCCUAGGGUCCCGUUUUUAUGGACACCUAGAAUUCGCAAACAGCAUCUUCUUUGUCAUCGUUGUUUUUGGACAACGGCAAACAUGACCAAUAUAUUUGCGUUGAGUUAAUUACACCAUGGACCGAAUGAAGUUGUUUCUCUGUUUUUCAGCUUCGUGGUCUUGAAGCGCAUCACGAAACUGCUUCGGUUGAACCUACAGCAAAUCACGUCAAUGUAAGUAUAAGAUGAAUCGAUGAGUGUAAAAUCUACACGUAUGGUUUGUACCGAGGUUUAUGGACCUUUUUUAACUAAUUUCCUCAUAUUUUAGGGACAUGUGGAGGAAGAAAUAUUAGAAGCGAAAGAAAAAAGGAUAGAGGAAUUAGAGAAAGAGGUAAAACGUUUACACCUGUUUGCGUCGUAUGUUGCGGAACUUUAAGAGAAAGGCGUUUUUCCCUAAUGACUUACGUCAGGCGGAAGUAAGUUGUUUUCCCUUUUAAUAUAUCUUGAUGCUGCCAAAUUCGUUAUGCUUAAAACUGUGAAUGCGUGGUUGCUUUGCUCUUAUAAAGUCUAUUUGCCCAAAAGUGUAGGCGAACCACUGCCGAAUAAUAUUGCAAAAUGUCCACUUCCGUUAGACGUGCGUCGAUCCGAAACGUCGUAGCAACCUCGCUCCCAGGGUUCCCUUCUACCUGUCCCUACGGAGCGAAAGAGAGAGACGAAGACGGGUAGGAGAGAGAACCUGGGAACGAGGUUGAUGUCUUAGCUUAAACGUCCUCCGGGGGGAACUUUCACAUGCAAUAGACAUGGAUACCCGCUGGAAAUUUAGAAUUUAACCCCGAAAGGAGACCAAUCUGUGACUGGCUCAGAGUUUUUACCCUAAAGGAGACCACACUUCAACUCCGUCGUUUUUUUCUUUGCCGGGGGGGGGAUAUAUCUUUACGCACAACCCUGGCGAUACUUUUAUGCGAUAAAACAUUGGCUUUCCGUUCUGAACACCCUAAUUGGGACGAAAAUAUGCAAAUUCGAUUCCUAAGGGAAUAUCUUCAUAUGGUAAUUCUCCAAGCUUUUUCCUGAGGUUUUAAGAGAAGCAAAAGGUAGAAGAGGUUAUUAUUAUUUUCAAUUUUAUCGAUCAAUUUGUAUUUUUCUAUUUACUAAUAAGGUAAAAAGCCUUACGGAGAAUUUGGCAAAGGAAAAGGAGUCUAGGAAUGAUGCAGAGGUAAGCUAACUGUUAUUCAUUUCUGAAAACAGAAAGUAGUGUGAACACAGAGGCGAGGGGAAUUCAAAAACAUCAAUGGGGCUUGUCAACACUUGUCACCUCUCAAAAGCUAAACCUCGUUUUUUUUAGGGAGAAUGUCAACAUCUAAACUAAACAUCAGUCAUCAAUCUGUGCAAGGACCAUAUCUUGUUGGCAAAAAAUUGGCAAAUUUCAAUCAGUUGAAAAUGGUUGAAAUUGAGACGAAACACAGACCAAUAAAAUAUUGGAUCCUUAGGUCGUUUUCCCUUCCAAUUCGGUUUUGAAAUUGUGGUUCGCACACCACCCGCAUUGCAUGUCAGUAUUUGCCUUGAAUUACGUCCUAGGUUGAGGGGUUACACAAUAACGGGAGUCAAAUAUAGGUGGGGAAAAGGAAAAUGACCCAAACACCUUUUUUUUCUCCGAGUGUAUUCAUACUGCACGUGCGAUAUAUGCACUGGGAUUAAAAAAGACGAAAUUGUUUUGCCCCCGUUCCUUAUUAUCACAUGGAUUCUUGAUGUGCAUUGUUAAACAAAAAUCGCAAACAUUAGAACUCAACCAAAUUUUCGCGAACUUUACUGUUAUCCGUUUACAUUCGCUUUCUCCCUGUACGUCGUCUUUCGAGGCCUUCUUGGUCAUAUCCGAGACAAACUCGCCUGAACCCAAAACGCUUGAGACAAGGCAAUGCUUACAUAAUAUUAACUUCUUACGCCAUGUUUUCUUUUUUUAAAGAAAGGGGACCUGUUUACAAUAGCUAUAAACAGUGCAUUCUUUCUCAUCGCAAGUGUACAAAAUGGUUCCCUUGCAGGAUGAAAUAAUGACUCUGAAAGCCCAAGUUGCCUCGUACCAGGUAACACAUGCAUGUAGUCGAUGUGUUUUCGAUUAGUACGAUGUAUUUUUUAGUCAGGUGUUUUACCUUUGGUCCUAAAAACGAGGUUUAGGGAAUGCAGUCGACGUUUCUUUUUACUUGUACUUGUCAGACGUUUGAAGGGGAAUGGAGAGGUUCCUCAAUAGAUCUUAGGAUGCUUUGUUUGAAGGGAUUCGGGAUUUUAAAGUAAAGUGGGGGUGAUAUUCAGGAUUGAAUGUGGGAAUGCGGUAUUGGGAUUACGGGAUUGAGCGAACAUUUGGGAGAGAUGACUGGAUCAGUGAAGAAUCAUUUUUAGGACCCUCAAUGUAAUGGAGGAAUUAUGUACUAGUCAGUGAAAAGUCCCGCACCCUAAAACCCGGGGAAUGCGGGGCAUUAGCGGGAGAUUUUAGCGGUUUUAGACCGUCACUUUUGCCACGGUAUGCGGGGUUUUCGACAGUAUAAUAUAAGACGCAGGUAUCAGCCACGGGGACCAAUAGCGGGGCUCAGACGGGGAUUUGCCCUUGACACUAUCUUGAAUAGGCGUGACAUGGACCCAGCGGUACGGUAACAGAAGCACACAAAUAUUUCUCCUGAAUGAAAUUAACUGGAAUAUUGUUCUGGGAAGGCGUAUAAAGCUAGAGGCCUCAUGCAACCAUAAUCACUUGGAGAGGUUAUAAGGUUUGGAAUGCCAAUUCUGUAACUCAAGGUAGAUGACAAUUUCGGCUGUGUGAGAGAUGGACAGCAUUGUUGAUUUUUCAACUGUUGAAAGUUCAAUUCCGCCAGGAAAAAAAUCUUGAAAUAUAUUAAUUUUGGUCAACAUUGUACAUUUAUUUGUUGACGGAAUUGCCCUGCAUAGCGGGGAAUUUGCUCCAUUUAGAAGGCAGGCACGGUCUAAUGCCCUGUAUUCCCCGGAUAUGAGGGUGCGGGGCUAACCACUGACUAGUGCAUUAAGGUGCGCAUCCCCUUGUUUUACAUCAAGUGAAAUGUCCAAAGUACUUUUGCGUUGUGGGGUGUUGCGUUUGUCCUGAGACGGCGCAUUUUUUACAUUUAAUCUUUGUUAUAGCUCUAUCUUAGAAAUUUGUUAUUAGAAUACACUUACAUGCUCGUUACUUUUUGUAGUGUAAAGAAUAAGAAUUGCUCACUCGGAUGCAGGGUUUUUCGAAUGAUCGCGAAACUUCAAAUGAAAUGUUGACGCUUUGGUCCUCAAAUAACAAACUAGCUGUAGUGCAAAAUAAUACUGACAAAAAUAGACAAGUUUAACCGGAUUUUGGGUUGUUUUCUGUUUUUUUUUUUCUCCCGAGUUUUACAAGGACUGAAUUCCAUUUUUCAUGAUUUUUCUCUUAAGGAUGACAGUGCCGCUGAUUUUAACUCCAGUGAAAAUGAUGAAGAGGUUGACUUGCCAGGUAAUAUUUGUUGAAAGAAAGGCGAGUGUAGAUUAUAACAAUUAUUUAGGACGUGCGAGUAAUUAUUUGCCUCGAAGACUAUUUGUUUCGAGAAGACAGGAGUUCACACCUCGAGUUGUGCGGAGUAGGAAGUGUCCAAGAACAAAUUUUCGGGUAUAUGUUCGUUUUAUCUCUAAAGAUCACACUUUGUAUUAUAUGGUCUGAGUAAACAGCCUAUAUGUCGUGACGCCUCCACUGGUCUCCCCGCGAAAUGCUGUCUGAGAAACGAGUGCAGAAAUUUCAUACUGAUAACCAGAUCUGGGUGGUGCUUCUGAUUGGCUUAGGCAAAUUUCCCACGCGGCGCGACCAAUCAGAAGCACUAUCCAGAUCGUGAAACUUCUUUUAGCUUCCUAUUUAUUACGCGUUUUAUGGAGGAAAUGUUUGUGUUCCUGUUCACUUUGUUUUUUCACUGCCGCUCAUUUUCACAUUGGUAGCCGCUAGCAUUUCUCGUUUUCUAACCGCCGCUAUAUAAUUUCAUGUUUCUCUUCCAACGAAAUUAGUCUCCGUUGUUAUUUGUCUCUCGCUCCUAGCUCUUUCCUUGUUAUCUAAGUUAAUGUAAAAAGAAAAUUUUAGUGGAAAGAAAGACUUGGCCAUGUAAUUUACCGCCGAAACGAGCGAGGUGUUUGAAAUGAAAAAUUUCACUUCAGCUAUAACAUACUCCUCUCCCGACGGGCUGAUACCUGUGAUUCCCUUCCCUCACCCCCAAAGAGUGUAUGGACGGACGGAGUACGCAAGAUUACUAAAUUUUCUUACCCAUGGUGCACCGCUGCGGGCGCUUCGCGCGCGAGAGCUCCGCCAUUAUACUUAUGAAGAAAAAAUUUUUUUGGUAACGUUUUACCAAGUACCAAUUAAGUUAUGGCAUUUAGGUUUACAAUGAAAUGGGUUUACAUGAAAGACAAUUUUCCAUCUAAAGCAGGCUAAACUUAUUUCAGUGAUAUUGUGUGUUCUUUUAAGGUGUGGACCACAACUGGAACUCAAAGAAUAGCAACAGACGUUCCACUGGUAUACGUUUUAACAAGAUUAUCUUAAAUUCUUCCUUUUUCAAUUGCAUUUACAUGUUUGAACAGUGUACUGACUUAAGAGUAGGUUUGGGAAAAAAUGAGCUUACAGUAAGCGAUGAACUGACUGUUCAGUUUGGAUACCCUCUAUUUUGAGAGUACGGCUGAACUAAGAGAUCCCUUGAAGUUAACUGGCUAAUACAGUUUUUUGUCAUGUUGUUUAAUUUGUAUUACGAUAAUCAAUGGUAAUUUCCCUUCUACAACCCCGGCCAAAACUCUUGGGACACUAACGCAAUAGCUUGUCAAAUUGAGGCAUCUUCCCUCCCCCCUUCCCCCUCGGUGCAAUGUUGGCGUUAUGCAUUCAAGUUUUAAUUCAACACAAUCAACACUGCUUGGGGGAGAGGGGGAGAGCAGAAAUAGCCCCUUAUAACAACAUCUCCAAGCCUCUUUAAGAGGUAGAAUACGAGUUAAUUUAGCAAAGUGCGUCUUUGUGCCUAAUUUCCUCAAGUGUCCCAAGACGUUUUGACCAGGGUUGUAGAUUCACUUCAGGCUGUUCUUUAGUAAACAGUGACACGCUAUUGAGUGAGUGGUUUACAUCGCGGUCCUAUUGUGUGCAUCAUUUUAACUUAACAAGUGUUACAUAUAACUCUCUGUUUUGUUGCAUUACGUUGGUGUUGCAGAUAACAAGUCAGAACAACUAAUUUCACUGCAUGGUCAAAUCACAACGCUCAAGCUUGAGAACGAAAAUCUCCGGGAGCAGCUUAAGGUAAACCAUAUUAUUCAUUCUAGAAUUUCCCGACUGGAAUGGGGCGCAGUUCCAUUAAGCAACUGACAAUGCCUGUACAAAUGUCUUCCAACUAGACUGCAAGCAGUCUCUUAUGUUUCUUUGCAAAGUUACUGCACGCGAAACCCAAGCACGCGGGCGGCGAGCCGCGAUAAACGAGGGCGUGAGUCCCAAUCCCUUAUUGUAACGUAACGUCGUGGUUUGCAAUCGCGCUGGCUGAGAUAAGAACAAGACAGAUUUUUAACCAAAAGACGGACUGUAAGCAGUUUAUCUUCGAACACAAACUUGUCAGGGGCGUGACCAAGCUUUUUUCAGUAAUAGUCGAGUUUUAUCGCUGACCUUAAGUAAAGUACCUUUUUUUCUAAAAGCAUGGCUGUAAAUUACUAAGAAAACUUUCGUGUUGGGGAGCUUGUAGAGGUUUUAUCUGCACAUGAAUACCGUUCAGUAGAAAACUCUUUGGUUAAUCUUGACUUAUUUUUCAACCGGUCCACCAAAAUUCGUCUCGUGUCACGUGAAUGUUGACUUAUUUGUACUCUGCAGUAGAUACUGAUCUUUCUGCUGUAUGAGAGGCGACAUUAGAGUUAGCCAGGAUGAGCCGCUCGGCUUCAGUGUCGUAGAUCACACGCGUUUAAGUUCAAAUCUUCCGAUCGUCUAAUCUGACUCUCAAAUUUAAGUUAUGGUUACAAAAUAGAUUUCCGUGUUGCGUGUUAACCAGUCAAGAUCGAUCACUGUGGAAAUAAAUUUGUUGUUACUACGGGAUGCAUUGUGUUCUUUUUCAACCAAAUUUCUGUUAAGCACUUAUGGCUUAAAUGCAGCAACCGGAGGGCAAAUGACGGGUCAUCGAUCACCUUUGUAUUUGGUGAGAUUUACUGUUCUUCGAGAGACUGCCAGGCUGCAAGAUCACGUAACGUCGGGAGAAUUUCUAGUAUAUUGAGAAAAAAAGUAACUCAGUAACAUCGUUCAAGUUUGGAGUUUCACUUAAUUUGGAGCCUCGCUCUGUUGUGUGUCCCGCACUUUCGUCCCUCAGUUUUGUGUCUUGUUCAAAUGUUUUUUUUCCCCUAGUCUUUUUUAGCAUUGUAAUCAUGGUGAAAGCUAUUAUAUAAGUUUGGAGGAAAUGGCGUCACGUUCAAAAACCUAUACUGUCCAAUAGAAUUGAAAAUAACGGUUAUCUUAUCGCCCUUUAGGCUCCUUUGGUAUCAGGUUCACUUGAAUUAGAAUCUUCUUUACUCUGUGUGGAUAGAUAACAAACUCCAUUUAUUGUUUUGAGUAAAGACUUAGAACACGUUUGUAGUAAAAGGAAUUUGGUUAAAGUUUGUCUUUGUUUUGAAUUCAGCAACACCCACAGGUCAAUGGCGAUUUGUUUGAUGUUCAAGCUUCUAUUCCCACUAUUCCACUCACAGUUUAUCAGCAGCUUAAGGUAACGUCCACAACUUGCAUAUUUCUGCUAAAACACCAAACAUUCAAUAAUUAAAACAGUUUUUUUCAGUCUACUCUAUGCUAUGGAAAGCAAGGUAUCAGUUACUUAACAUUUUGGGAUUAUUUUUUUGAUUAAUAACAACUUGAAUAGCGAUAGAGGUCCUACUCCUGUAUAACAAAUUAAUGAAAUGUCAUAAAAAGUUAAGUUUAAACACCGUCCACAUUCCAUACUAUAAACACACAGUCCCAAUCUGGAAAACUUCAUGACGUCUACACGCAUUGGCGCACCGGCUCGUAAUCUUGUAGGCUGUACGCUUGCGAAGCUUCUAAUCGUAGCAGCGUGCAGUAUGUGUGACACAUGGUAAAUGACCUUCUUCCUGGGGUCUCUCGCAGCUCAGAGAUUAGAGGGCCCGCUUGUUGUUUGAGAGGGAAUGAAUAUUUUUUUCGUUGACCCAUGCUCAUGACAAUUAUUUAUAACGUCUUUUAUCUUUUUUUUUUUUUCAGGAAUCGAAUGAAGAUGAAAUUUUCAAGUUAACGGAGGAACUGGAAGAGUUGAAGAUAGCAAAUGAAUCACUUCAAAGGGUAACAACUAUUUCAUUGGACUUAAUGUGUUAUGUCGCUGAACAUAAUGUCCAUUAAGCACUUACGACUUACAGUUUGCUGACAGUGUAUACACGAGUGCAUGUAAUGGAAUUACGCUUCGUGAAGAGGGGAAUUUUUCGGUAGACUUACCUCAACACUAACUUGAGUGUCAUACCUUAAUUAAAGCUUGUCAAAUUUGCUUGUUUCUCUUCUUACACGUUACAGACAGCCGCCCAGAAAGAGCCAUGUCCCCACUGCACGAGUGAAAGCAACGACGCGUCAACUUUAGCUAGAAAAAACAUGGACCAGAAUUUGGUUUCAGAGUUAACACAACUUAGAGAAGAAUUUGAGGUACUUUAACUUUGCAUAUUCCUUAACCCAUUCAACCCUGAACAGUCCGGAACCGCACGUGCGCAUUCUCAUCCCUUGUACCACUUGUGCGGUCAUCAGAUUUAACACAAUUCUAAAAGUUGUUACUGAAAUCUAAAGGUAUGGGACCAAUUUUUGUGUGAAAUAAUCUGAGAGACCUUUUCUUGGUUUUACUUAACACCACCCUGUGUACUACCUCACUUCGCUGUGAAGACUGAACAGAAUAAUGCUAAGCAGUACCCGCUGAAAAGGCGAUCAUCAUCUAAAUUCUCUCUAAGGCUAACAACUACAAACAGUGUUUUCAUACAUAUUUUUAGGGACUGAGGCUUUUGUUGUAAAAUUUUAAUGCUACAGUUUGAACGUAAUUUGAUGUCAUGCUCUAUACUCGCGGUGAUCAUGAUGAAGUUAGCUGAACACGCGUCGUAAAAGGUCUUUGAAUAAGCAACGACGACGACGACGGCUGCAACGAGAGAUAACUCUAAAGGACUGUAUCUAAGUUCAGAAGAAGAAAAGGAAAGUUGUUGUCUUGUGUUCACAUCUUCCACAAAACGUUUAACUAGAAAGUUUCACGUUGUAAUCGUGCAACAACUCCAAAGAAAUGUACAAAAAUGCGUGAUGCACGUGCAAAAUUUGUAGUUCUUUUGCUUUGUUGCCGUUCUCGUUGCCAUCGCCGUCGUUGUUGCUUAAACUGUCCCUAAUUUCUUUUUACGAAGUGAUGUUCAUUCGAGAAGCACCAUCAGAUAUUAAGCAUUUGUUUUAGGUGGCUGAGAUUAAACAUAGAAGCGCCAUUAAUAUGUACAGACUUCACCUCCUCAAUGCGUAUCAGGUGAGUUUUGAACUGUUGUUGUUGUGAGGAUGAGUUCUUUACCUUCAUGAAAAACUUUUUAGUUAUUGUCAUCGAAUCCUUAACUAAUUAGCCUCCCUUGCAGACGUUCUUUUGGCUUGUCACGUCCCUAAGAACGUUUGCGUGGGAGGCUAUUAACUAAUGUCUGUCAAUCGUUUGCCGUUUGCUCGCCGUUCAUUUGUUCGCUUAGACAUUGGUAAAUCGAAGUGUUUGUGCUUAAUUUAAAGACUUACCUUUUUAGGAAAUUUAUUGACAGUGUUUUAAUUUAUUAUUACAUUUUAAUGGUUUAUAUCUUCUUAAUUUUAACUUUUAUGUAUUUAUUUUUUUUAUGUUACUUUUGAUAUUAUUGUAAAGUCCCACGAACAACCAGUGGAUGUGAGCGCUAUAGAAAUGUUUUAUUGGAUUAUGAUUGUGAUGAUGAUUAUGAUUAUUAGUGGUAUGAUGAUGAUGAUGACUAUUAUUACCUGGCGUUAGGCCUUGACACAAAUGUCACGUAAAAUCGUUUAAAUAUCUUUCCGGAAAUUAUCAAAAAAGAUGUCUAAAUAUCCCAAAAAAGUUUCGAAAAAUCUCGAAAAAUCCUCUAAAUGUAUCGAAAUAUCUCGUAUUUUUGUUUUAAAAAUAAGCCGAUUUUGAAUCCCAUAGGCCAAAAUUUUCCCCAGCGGGAUGUAAAAAGUAUGUCAGAGAUUGUCUACACUGGUAUUAUGGAAAUAAAGCAACUUUUAAAACAACAUGGAUGCAAAGUUUAAUGUUUUCUCACGAAUGGGUCAAACAGUUGGUAUGACGGUCUAUCAUGAGUAUGACGACUAUGACUAUGACAGAGUAACAAUCCUUCCUGUUAAUACACAUAUCCACUCUUCUUUAAGAGAAUAAAAUGUAACCUGAAGAAACCUCUGAGACUGAAAACUUAACAAAAGGCGGAAACAUACUAUACCGACUUUGAACUAUAAAUGUGACCGUAAAUUGGCGUAAAUUUACUCCAAUUUACGGAUAUGGAAUACAUUAUUCAAGUGGGAAACCGCUGAACUGGAUUAUUUCUAGCAUAGAAUCAAAGGACGGAGUAUUCUGCCAAGAAAAUAGCGAGGAAAAGCUGGAAAAUAGCAAAAAAGGCUAUAAAUUUUUCUGAACAUCCCAAAAUUUUCUAAAUAUCUUGGAAAAUUCUAAAUAUCUCAAAAAAUAUACGGAUAUUUGUGUCAAGGCCUACCUGGAGUUUAUUGUUAGGACCAGCAGCCGAUAAAAACCCAGAGCGAGCAACUAUCAUGUACUCGUGUCACGGCGUUUUCACCGACCAGCUUAUUUUUAGAACGAUUUUGGCUCGAAGUUAGGAUAUCUUUUGAGUCCCACAAACCAGUCAGCAAAUCCUUGAGAACUUAAAAUGGUAUUUUCGACCUUUUAAUGACGUGUAGUUUUCAUUUUUCAUAGUUAUACAGUUGAACCUCCCAACCUCCAUCAAUUGGGCGCUCAGUGGAGGGUGGCAUCUAAAUAGAGGUUCGUAAUAAAUGAGCAUAAUCUCUAUCAAAAACAUCACUUUAUUUUGAAACACGUACGGAUCCACAAACAUUUGUCACCUUCUAUCUCGAACCGUAUUUUCCUUCAUCAAAUUUGUUAAAUAAAGCCAAACUGAGUGUAUCAAGCGCUUGAUGGCUGCUUAAAGGAAACAACAACAGUUAGGAGAACCCUUCUGGUGGCUGCGGCCGCUUGAUGGAGAUGGCCGCUUAAUGAAGGUUUGAUUGACAAUUCUUGUCAGUAAAUUAUUUAUAGACUUUGAAUACUGGCUGCUUGAUAGAUUGUGGCCACUUAAUGGAGGUUCAAGUGUACUUCGAAUGCGCUCAUAGACGGAGCAGCGCUUCCGUUUACGCGUGUUAAAAGUUCUCUAAAAUGUGUCUGAAAAUAAACCGGUCCGUGAAAACGCCUUAACAUAUCCUUAGUAUGGGAGUUGCUGGAUUCCGUUUAAAGUCAGCUGAAACAAAACUAUAGUUUUGGACUGGUGUGCAUCCCUUACUACACUGUACUUACGUUAUCUAUUCUACCAGUAAGAGAACUAAAGUUUCUUCUGGACAUCUGACAAGUUGACCAACAGGGUGUUAAUUUUUAUAGUUAAUAGCAUGAUUUGUAGUGAUAUUUGGCGUAAAUACCACGAGUGAUAUUUCGAAAUUGUUAUGUGUAAUUUCACGAGCCGUUAGGCGAGUGAAAUUUGAGACAAUUUUGAAAUAUCAGGAGUGGUAUUUAUGCCAAAUAUCACGUACAAAUCAUGCUAUUAUAUGUUAUACCACACCCGCAAAAGGUUUGUAAUUUUCACAUGUAGGUAGUUCAAAUUUAAGCUGAAAUACCACUGCUCUAAGCCAAUCAAAUUGCAGAAAUAUCUCAUGUAGUGGUAUAAACAGUGGAACCUCGAUAUAACGAAGGGCCAAGUUACUGACAAAAUUUGUUCGCUAUAACGAGGUUUCGUUAUAUCGAGGUUCUUUUUCAUAUAUUUUACUGUUACUGGGGUAAAGAAAAUUGUUCGUUAUACUGAGGUUUCACUGUAUUGGCUCACUGAAUUUUUUUUACGUAUGUAACCAUCAUGACCCUCUUUCCACAGAAUCAAAUGGACCCUCAAGUACAAGAAGCCAUUCAGAUGAUAGUUAAAUUAAGGAGUAGUGAACAGUUUUGCUGACAAUAUUAUUUAAACGUUACAGCUGGCAAUACAGUAAAAUUUUGGCAAUUAAGAGUCGGUGACAAAGUUGUAAGACUUCCAGCUUUUAUGACUCAAGGUGAUUGGUCUUUACAGGCCAGAAUGCUUGCAUCACUGACGUGUAACUGAAAUCACAAGCCAAUGUGCGUGAAAAGAGCCUAUAGCCAAACCGUAUUAAGAAUACUCGUCCCAUAUAAUUUGGAUUUCAUUCACUAUCUGUGCAAAUAUUGGAAGAUUUACCAGUUGAUAAAGCUUUUUACUUACUUUCCGCACUUUAUAACCCACUACAGAUGACGUGAAUAUGAAAGAUUUACCAGAGAACAUACGUGUAAUAUUGCUUUAUUACCUUGAGACUUUUUGAAUAUCACAAGUCAGAAAAAAAAAGACAAGGUAUUUUUUUAUUUAUUUUUCGAAGCUGAAAACGAAAUUUGAAUUUAGCGGGCAAUUAUGUCUUUGAGUUAUAGUUUUGUCAUUUCUAAGGUAUUCUGUAUUUUUAGAAUCUUUUAGUGUGUAUGAAAGGUUUCAGUACUCUAUUUGACAUUUUGCAGACCGGCUUAGAAUGUGCGCUCGGUAUAUGUUUAUAGUUGUAGUACCUCAUUAAUACAAUCAGCGUAUAGAUAUUUUUUUUAUCCAAUUUAUAUUUUCCUUUCAUUAACUUUAUUUUUUUAAAGUUACAAGUUCUUUUUAUCGUGUAUUUUGAGGUUGCGAGUUCUUUGUCGAAUUUUUUAAUGUAAACGAAUCUUCAGGUUGUG